CUUUAAAUGAAUGGUGUGAUUAAAUGUUGACUUUCGUGAUAAUAAGUGUCGCGAAAGGUUUCAAUCUGCCGUGUUAUGAAGAGUAGUGACGAGAUUGCGUGUGUGUUUUAUGUCUACGUAACUCCUCCCCUCGCGAUUCCCUUGCUUGAGCUUGAUGUCCUACGGACGAGGCCGAGCCCACAACUCCAAAGCUCCUCGAAAUGUUACUUUUAAAAAAAAACUAAGUGGAGGAUGUCACUACCAAUCUUUAGUUUAUGGAGUCCUUGGGAAGGCUGACAAUUCAGUCACAGAGGCUUUGUAGCUGUUUCCACGGCGGAAAAAGAAGCAUCACCGCAGUAUUUUUAGCUCACUUAAGAAAGGAAUACAGGCAAAAAAAUGUCGUCUCCAAGUCCGGGCAAGAGACGAAUGGACACCGACGUGGUGAAACUCAUAGAGAGCAAGCAUGAAGUCACCAUCUUGAGUGGACUCAAUGAGUUUGUAGUCAAGUUCCACGGACCCGCUGGAACUUAUGAAGGAGGCGUGUGGAAGGUCAGAGUAGAUCUACCAGACAAAUAUCCCUUCAAAUCUCCAUCAAUAGGUUUCAUGAACAAAAUAUUUCAUCCCAACAUUGAUGAAGCGUCAGGAACGGUGUGUUUGGACGUCAUUAACCAGACUUGGACGGCACUCUACGACCUCACCAACAUUUUUGAGUCCUUCCUACCCCAGCUGCUCGCCUACCCCAACCCCAUCGACCCGCUGAACGGGGACGCCGCCGCCAUGUAUCUUCAUCGACCGGAGGAUUACAAACACAAGAUCAAAGAGUACAUCCAGAAAUAUGCCACGGAGGAGGCGCUAAAGGAGCAGGAGGAGGGUGGCGGCGACUCCUCGUCCGAGAGCUCCAUGUCGGACUUUUCUGAGGACGAGGCUCAGGACAUGGAGUUGUAGUUCUUAUUCAAAGCAGACUUAUUUUUUACUGCAAUAUUUUUAUGGCUAACGUACCGCUGGCACACUUUGCUUCAGGUUUUAUCGUUGGAAGUCCAGACUUAAGAAGUUGCAAGAAAUUCUGCGGAUUCAUCUUUUUUUUCUACCCAUCCACUCGGAAGUGUAGAACUCGCAGACGUAGUGGAAAACGUCCAACAACAACAAAAACCUGCGGCGUGAGUGUGUGAAUGUAAUCCUUAUGAUCGGCGGGAAUCAGACGAGACGCUGUCCGUUCUCCCGAUGUCCCGUUGUUCCUCUCCGUUUUAGGAAAGUUGUUAUUCUCAUGAGUGUCUUUUGUGUAUCGGUGUGGCAUGACACAGAGUUGUGUAGGAUUUGUGGGGAGUGGGAGGAUGCCAGAGCCUGGUCGGACAGAGAGUCGGCUCUCAGGUGAAUUUAACUCCGUUUAGUACAAAACCUUAGUUGAAUAAUGGGCAUUUCUUUGGCAAGUCUUGUGAAGUCCAUGAAGUUUGGUUUGAAAGUCAGUAGUGAGCAAUUAGGUAACAAAGUAGCUAUUUGGUAGCAAAUUGAUAGCUGGUUGGUAAGCUGCCCAUCUAGUUGGUUCAUAAACUAGUGUUUGUCAAUGGGAAUAUGCUAAUGCUACCUAACCUAUUUUUCCAUUUAAAUAAAAAUAUAUACCCACCACCAUAAACAAAGUUUUUUUAAAUAGGACCUUGUAGAAGUUACCUUAUAGGCAUAAAAAUGAGCCAAAAACUCAAAUUAAGACUGAGCCACGUUUAUGAAAUUACAAACAUGGCACUGCGCAUGACAGAAAAAUAACAAAACACACAUAAUUAAGUGAAUUAUGUCGUCAGUCGAGAAAGUACUACAGCCUACUUAUUUCAUAAUAUGACUUUUAAAAAAAUACAGUUGUACAAAAUGUGGAAUCAGGUGAUGCAGUAUUUGUUGCAAUUUUCAUUUAAAUUCUCACGUGAGCCGGCUGGCCUUGGCACUCUGGGGGGGUCGUUUCAUUGUUGCCUAUUGCUUGUACCUACUAUACUAGUUGUUUGACUUGCAUAGGGAUAGCUUUUGUUUCUCUUCUCGCAGACACCUGUACUUGUUUUGGUUUCUGUUAAGACGAGGAGGACUAGGACUUGUUUCAAUCACACCUUAUAUGCAAAUUGUAAAAUGUUACGUUGUCCAACUGAAGUGCUCUUUUUUUUUUUUUCUUUGUUUUCACCUACAGCCAGUCAAUAUUCCAAUAAUACUUCAUGGCUUGUUGCAGCAGGACCAAAAAUUAAGUAGAUAUAUACCUGGUAAAGGUAGUAAUACUAAAGUUAAAGACGGUUCAUUCUCUGCUCUGUUUGAUUGCAGCUUGAUUCCUGUAAAGGAAAUAUAACUGUACUCGAGAAUUUCAAUUGGGUUUUUGGAGACUAAAGUUUCCAAUACAAACUUCUAAUUAUAGUAGCCCAAGUCCCACUGUAUGUAGACCCACUAUCAAACUCCGGUGAAUGGAAUACAAUCCACUUGGAAAUUGUGGGCGAAGUCCCUGUCCAUAUUAAAAAGAAAUAACGUGUGCUUUACACUGUUUCGUGAAAUGUGGUGUGGACACUCAUGGCAAACACUGAAGUGCUGAAGCCAGAAUCAGCUCAGAAUAGGAACAAGGUUAACAAUUUCAAAUUCAUUGUGGGCACCGGCUGUUUUCGGAGUAGCUCGGACGAUAAGGAAAAUCUCACUUAAUGCCCCUAAUACCACAAAAUAAUCGCUUAGGAUAAUCUUUUCACGACAUCCGAUAAUCAAGAGGGGUAAAGAAUGUUCAAAGUUGUCUAAAUAAGCCAUAUUUACGAACCAGACCUUAGUAGUCGUUAGUAGUUGCUCCCAAUAAGGAAGCCGCCCAGCUCGGCUGAUCUUUUUUUUUAGUGUUUAAUUUUUCAGUGUUUAUUUACAUUUUGGGGGUCAGUUAUGCUCCUUUGUUCAAGAUGCAAGUCCAGAUAUUCCGAUUUUUAAUUUUUUUUUUAACACAAAUAAUAAAUGUCCUCUUGUACCAUGAAAGAAAUAAAAAAAAGCUAUAAUCAUACAA